UUUACGUACUUAACUUUCAUUUUCUGCGCUAUGUAAAUUUAUUUUUCACUUUUUGAUAUCAAAUGUUCUCAGUUUAACACCAUCACAAUAAUUUCAGUACUUUUAUAUAUUGAAGUGAAGUGUAUCAACAGUGGUCAUAAUAAUCUUAUUGAAGCUAGUUGUGAAACUGAAGAAAGAAGAAACUUUAGCAACUGAAGCAUCCCAUAAUUUCCCAUGAUGUAGGAAGAGAUAAAAACUGAAAUGUACAACAAAGCUUUUUAGGGAUUGGAUGCAAAGAAAACUGAAUCAUUAUACCACAAAAUUGUAGAAGAUUCUGAUGCUAUAUAUUAAUGGUUGAAGUAGGCUUUAUGGCAGGCAUGGAAGCUGUUGUGGCAGUGGCCAUCAGUGUACUUGCUGUAGUAUUUUUGGGGUCUUUGGUGGCAUUGAUUAUAGUUUGCCGUCAAAAGUACUGUCGCCACUCAGAUCUUCUUUCUUCUCAACUUAAUGACAAUAGGCCAGAUAUACACCUCAUCAAUACAGAUGAUUCAACUGAUGUGGAACUAGAUGAUGUUCGUCUUCACCCAAAUAUUGAGAGAAUCAUUGCUGAUGAACAGUGGGUUGAUGAUGCAACUGGUCUUGUACCACACUGUCUUGCCAUUCUCAAAAAGUGCCAUCAUUUGACUGAAAGAUUAGUUGCUAUGACAAUGAGUAGUGUGUCUCAUCAAUCACAGCAGCAGUUAUGGGAAAUUAUUGAAGUUGCCAAAAAGAUAAGUCCAAGGGUUGAUGAUGUGGUACGGUCUAUGUACCCACCAUUAGAUGCCAGACUACUAGAAGCCAGAUGUACUGCCUUGCUGCUUUCUGUCUCUCACCUUGCCUUGGUGAUGAGAUUUGCAUGUCGUAUCCCAACGACACCAGACUGGAUAGAUGAAGCUUUGGCAGAAAUGGAAGAACAUCUUCAAGUCUUGAGAGAUGCUGGAUAUGCUGAUGACACCCAGUCUCAACUGGUCUGUGGUAGCAUCCAGGCUAGCCAGUCUGGCAUUGUCCAGUCUGGAAUCAAUAACCUCACUUGUUUAGAAGCAGCAUCUAAUUCAUUACAAUGUCGUCUUCCAAAAUCAUCAAACACAGGGCCAGUUUAGAUGUUGUGGUGUAUCAUGGAAACUUGUGUUUGUAUAUUAUGCUGGUUUUCAGAGCUUCCUAAAGUACAGGGUUUCUUGUUUAAUGCUUACAUUUAUGUAUCAGCAGAAUCAAAAGGAAUAUAACAAUGUGAAAAGUUUUGUUUUUUAGGAAAUAACACAAUGUUUCUUGUUUUGUUUUUUCCAGCGGAUAUGUUAAGGGGUAAAGUAUAAUUUUAAAGUUUCCAUAUUUUAUUAUUUGAAACCCUGUCAAUACAUCAGUACAUAAACCUACAAAAGUAUCAUUAUUGUUGAAAUCAGAUGCUAAAUAACCAUGAGUCAAUAUAUAAUAUGUACUGCUUAUACACACAAAAUGUGUGAAAAUUGUUGCAUAAGUAUGUAAUGUGUGUCCAUAUUUAUUUUGUGUUUUGAUAGUGUAAUACAUAAUGGCUGUAACCAUAAUAUCUUUGCAUACUACUAUUCCAUAAAUAAUUUAAGUGGUUAAUAAAAUGUAAUGUAAAGAUGACUGGGUCACACGUCAUCUGAUAAAUGUACUCUUUGACACUUUUUCAAAAGUUUUUCUGAUGUUCAGUGUUGUUGCUUUUAAAUCAUUAUAUUGAUAUACUCUUAAGCAUAAGCUGUUAUACUCAUAAAUAUAGUAAUUGUUCAAAAAAUUACCCAAUAUUUCACUUUAUGUUUGUAAAUGAUCUGUGAUUGAGUAUUAUAAAUUGUUGGUGAUACUUAUUUUUUAUUACAUGUAUUACAUACAUAUAUAGUUAAGCUGAUUGUGUCACAUUCCUAUAUUACAUAACAAGGCACUGUUUAUAUAGUCUUAAUGGUGUACUGGUUUUGUAGUCUUACAGUUGCUUCUUUUAAGUCUUACCAGUAUAAUACAAUUUAAAAAAAUAUUAGCCAGUAAUCUUUUACAGUAUUGUAUGUUUAUACAAGCUAUAUAGUAGUGAUAAUAACAUUUUUUUAACUUUACUUGAAGCACUAAAUAUUCAGCUGAAAACAUAAUAAAUGGGUAUUAGUUUUUCUUGUAAAAUGAGUUAUUCAUCACCAUAAGAGUUUAAUCAUUUUAAAAAAUAGAGCAAAACUAUUUUGAUAACUUGUUUUUACUAGUCCUUUUAUAUGUAGAAAUUUGUUUCCAAUAGUGUCUUACAGUGACAACAAAUAAAUUUAAGUAUUUUGUCUUAAUUUAAAAUAUGUGUUAAAACAAUAGUAAAAAUAAAUUACUUAAUAUACAUGUUUCUCAUGUUUACAUAUAUUCUGAAAGUAUUGAAAUUUAAAAUUAAAAAUUUUGUUCCCUGUAUUCAUUUUCUAUUUCUGCAUACUAACAGCUGUUCUGAAUGACAUUCCUUAACCUUGAUGAAUUAAUGUAUUCCACAGAUAUGCCUUAAGCCAGUAGAGUUCUAUCUUGGAAAGUGUAAUAUAUAUUGGUUCAGCAACUGGGAAUGCGUAAACUCAAUACCAUCCUUAUAUUGUUAAAUCCUUUAUUUUGUUUCUUUACAAUGCUCUGCGUGAGAUGUGUAAUAAAAUCUAUAAUGUCUCAAUAUCAUCUAAAAACCAAGCCAGUAAUAAAAUGUAGAAUUGGUGUAAACACUUUCAUACUAGUGAUUUAUCUAUUAUGAGUAAAAUUGCUUGACAAUCAGCAAGGAAAUUGGACAAAACUUGAAUGACAGUUUACCAUAAUUAGUGGAUUGUACUGAAUUACUCUAUAAAGAGAUUUGUUUUACUUUUAUUUUUCUGAAUGAAAAAUUUGAGGUCUAUAAUUUCUAUAGGGCUGCUUGUAUUAAACUUAUUUGAGGAUUUGUAAAAGGUUGAUUGUUUUGAACUGAUUUAGGAUUUUUGGUCUGUAACAUGUAUUUAGUUGAUUAUAUUAAACUUAUUUGAGGAUUUUUAGUCUGUAAUUUGUAUAGGGUUGAUUAUAUUAAACUGAUUUGAGGACUUGUGGUUUGUAACUUGUACAAGGUUGAUUGUAUUAAACUGAUUUGAGGAUUUUUGAUCUGUAACGUAUUUAGUUGAUUAUAUUAAACUGAUUUGAGGACUUGUGGUCUGUAACUUGCACAAGGUUGAUUGUAUUAAACUGAUUGGAGGAUUUUUGGUCUGUAUCUUGUAUAGAAUUGAUUAUCUUGAUAUUGGUUUAUAGAUGAUAAGGAAAGGUAUUUUUCGUUUCUCUUUUUAUUUAAGUUUUGAAAUUAUAUCCUCUUUAAUCCAUGAUGUGUAUUUUUGUAUGAAUAUUUAUAGCAAGUAUUACUUUAUGGUUGGUUUUAUUGCUUUAAUUAAAUUUAUUCAUAUACUCAUUCAUUUGUCAUUGAUCUUUUUUGUAUUUUUUGUUUAAUGAGGUACAUAUAUUACAUAUAUAACUUAAAAAUACAGAACAUAAACAAAAAACGGAUUUAAGUACAGUGUCUCAAACACUUUAUUUUAGGCAGUAGUAACUCUUGUGUUACUUAAAAGCUAUGUUCACCACAAGUACAAGUCCAGCACUGAAGUUGAAAAAAGCAUGACAAUUGUAAUGGCUGUGUUAUGAUGCAGUUAAGUCUUUGGUUGGUGGUAGUAGCACAAUUUUUCUCCAAUUUCAAAAUGUCAACACAAUAACUAAAUUACUAAUGUUACUGUUAUAGUAAUGUUUUAAUAAUUUACUUUCUUACAUAUUUAUAAUAAAUUUACUAUUAGAGAGAUCGAAAUAUGAAAUAAAUUUAACUCAACUAUUCUCUGUAGAAGCAAUUUAAUAUGUUCUUUACAAAACAGUUUUAGAUAGGAAAAAGUAUUUUAUUUGUGAUGCUUGUCUUAACAGGUGUUUCAAAAUUAAUGUUGAAAUAUCUGAUCUGCAUUACUGUUGUUAUUGUUCUUUCAUCCAAAUAAGAAUUGUUGAAUCUGUGUUUGUUGAGCCAUCUUUAUAAUGGACUUCUUCAUAUUUGUAAACAUUAUCCCAGUGAGUAGAGAGUUAAUAUGUCAACUUUAUUGUUAUGGUAUAUGUGUUGUACCAUAACAGAUUUAUGGUUUUAUUAGGAAAAAAAUUUCAUGGCUUAAUUUUUAGGGAAACUUUUCUUUCAUCAUUAUCUCGUAUAAUCUAAAUAAAAGUUGUUAACAUACGUACAAUAUAAAGGUUGACUUUUCAUAUCAAUGCCAAAAAGUGCCAAAUUUCCAUAGCCUGGAUAAUGGUGUAUUUUUGAAAAAAAAAAAUUAGUUUUUCAAUAUUACAUUUGAUAUCACUAAACCUAGUUUCUAACAGUUAUGUAUCAUGGAUAUUUUAUUUUAUUGUUGGAAAUUGAUAUUUUCACAUUUUAUAAAAGGUUUAUAUGUAUAAUCAUAAUCUUACAUUCCCUAUUAUGAAAUAUUAUUAUGUAUUCAGUAAUUUGAUAACAGAGAGGCCUGGCAUAGUGUGCUGGUUGGAACAUUUGACACAUAUGUGGAUCAAAGGUUCAAUUCCCUCCACCAAACAUGCUCGUCCUUUCAACCGUAGAUAUAUUAUAAACUAUGUUUGGCAAUAUGUGGUGUUGACUAGCUGUCUUCUUUCUAGUCUAUCACUUCUAGAUUAGGUUAGCAAGAGCAAGAAGCUCCGGAAUAGUUGUGUGAAAUUCAACAAAGCAAACAAAAGAAAAAGACAGAACUGAGACUUCCUGAAAGACCUUUGACUUUUGAUAUGUAGAAUUGUCUCUGAUACUUAGUUAACAUAUAAUUAUAUACGAGAUCUGAAUAAUUAUUCCAAAGCUAGUUUAUUAAAACCCUUUUAUAUUUCUUGUUUCUUAAUUUUAUGAACAUUGGUGCUUGAUGUUUGAAAUGUUUCAUGUUGUAUUGUUGAAAAUAUUUGCUUCCAGCUCAUUACCACAAAAAAUAUUUACAGGAUUAUGAAUGUACCUGAUAAGUUAAUUGUUUUAUGCAAAUUAAUUAAACUAUAUUCAUUCAGUA